UGUUGUACGGACGGUAUCUAUGGAGGCUCUGUGACCAUAUCCCCACGGAGUCUUAGACGCUCUUGUACUAUAUGAGCCGAUAGCGUUCUCCUUCGAAUAACGAGCAUGUCCAUCCAAGCCUUGGAAAUCCCUCUUGGUUAUGAGGGUUCUGGUUGGCUAUCGAGGCUCGAAGAUCUCACGUCUUUCCAUUUGUAGAAGGAGGACCACCAUCAAACGAGCUGUUCCAAACACGGUGGUUCCGGGAGAUAAGGCUCAACAGGGCGAGGAGGCCAGCGCCAAUAACAAUGAUGACGAUCUACCUCUCGCUAUUCAGAUAUUUCUGUGGAGACAAACAAGUCCAUUCAUCCGUCCAAAGUUUGGGAAACUCCACGAGGCAACAUGCAUGCCUUGUUCGGGCAAUGAGGCAGUUCGGGAAAUCAAAGAGGCUUGCAAGAUCUUUGAAAAGGUUCUCGUCCAGAACAUCUUGUUCGGUCUCUCUCCAAGCUUCACGGAUGCCCUUCAACUCAUUCCAAGAUGGCGCUUCAUUGUGGCUUGUUUCCCACAUGUGAUGCAGUGUGCUGCUUCUCUCCUUCAACACAGGAAGGAAUCCAGCUUCAAUUUGGGAAGUGCGGAGACCAAGUUGCUCUACACUCUCCAUUGGAUUCUCUUAGAUGCCGCUGAUGAAUGUAUUCUCGAGUCGGAAAAUGAUGGAUCACUUCAAACGGGGCCCUUCGCUUACCUCUUCCCCAUUUCGGCUAUCACGAGUUUCAUCUAUCUUUUCGCUCCAAUUUGCGGAUCGAUCCGAGAGUCGGAUUUCAUGCAGAACUUCCGUUUGGACAAUGGCAAGAAGAUUUGGAAGGCCUUGUGGAACUUUCAGCAUCCUGAUGCAGAUUGUUUCACGGCUCAGGUCAAGCCUCGACAUAAGGUCUCGAGGGACUUGACGAAGAUCAAAGAAAAGGCCAAAGGCUCCUCAGCUCACGGAAUCUUCCUUGGUGACCGUAAGUACAUGUCCAAGCUGAAGGAUACCAAUCUAAUAUUUCACUUAACCAAUCUCAUUGUCUCCUUAUUUGACUUUGUAACGUGUUCACAACAAAAACAGUCUAGCCACUUCAAUUUUUGUUCGAGGACAAGUUCAUCAGGGCACCGUUUGUUCACUCCAUUUCUUUCCAAACGACCGGGAAUUUGGUCCGAAUUGACCAAAUCGUUUUCGAAUAUUGCAGCCGAGAAAAAGCGCGAGGGUCCGGGGUUGCCACCCGCUGCCAAUUCUGUUGCGGCCCCGCUUUCCUCAGGCUCAGCUGCGGCUGGGAUUGUGGUGGCGGGAAGUCUUUUACCCGCUCCCAAUGUCAAGGAUGAGCUCCCCAAAAGUGCCCCACCUGUUGUGGAGUCCAACGGAGAGUCCACUGCUCCCACGUCCGCUAUUGGAGAUAUUUUGGGCUUAAAGGCCUCAGUUCAAUUGGCUCCACAACCAUUCGAGUCACUACCACCCUUUCCUCCCAAGGGACCUCGUUUCCUGGAGAAAACUACCAGUUUAUUGAGCGAGCGGACCGAUUCUGUGGACAGCUCGGCAUCGCGUCUCCUCAAAUCUGUGGAUUCUGCAUCUUCCCCCAUUGAGCCGUCUCCAAACGUUCCAAGCGUUGUUCCAAGUGGGAUUGGAGGCGGACCAGCCUCGUCAGUGGCGGGUUUGGCCUCCCAGUCAUCUUUUAGUGGGAGUCCAUUGACUGCACCUUCUGGUUUCACAUCAACGACUAUGGGUGGUGGAUCCGGCAGUCCCAAUGUUAUUGGAGGAGCGAGUGUCAAGGAAGCGGCAAGUCCCGUUGUGGACAAGCUCAACUCUCCAUGUGUGGUUCCAAGGAUUCUAUCCAAGUCUGAGAACUCUCUGGCGACCUUUUUCGACGUUGCGGUUAUUCGUUGUCUCUUUAUAUCACACUGGGGAGAAGAUGGAGUCUUCUGGGCACUAACAUAUCUCAACAAAAGGCUUAAAGGCAUUAUGGAAGGGAUUACUCAGGAGGGACACGGCCAAGGAGGGGGACAGCAGAGCAGUGAUGACAGUAGUGGUGGAGCCUAUGACGACGUCUUUGAGCCCUUGAGGCCACGACGUCGGAAAAGAAGCAAUUCCGUUCCGAUACCGGUCAUUCAAGUAUCGGAAGACCAACCUAAGGCAACAGAUCCUGGACCCAAUAAGCGAGAUAGCAAGGACACCGAAUUGCCCUUAUUAGACGAGGAUGAGCUUAAGGCGGCGGCCAACAAACACCACCGAGGAUGCAGCCUCAGCGAGGCGACAGGCAAGCGGAAAAAGUCCAUUAUCGGUACAGGCCUCGAGGUUUCCAAACUGAAGCAUUUCAAAAGCUUCGUCGAGUCCAAGAUUCUUUCUAAAUCGGAUCGAACCUUAGAAACUGAUGAUGCAUCCAAUGCUUUGGCAGCCGCUGUCUUGGCGCAAGAGAAGGCGGUCGCGGCCCAUUCGAAUUCAACCUUGUCCACAGUCUUGGCGGCCAAGGACUCGUUUCGUCGUCGAAGCUCGCGUACAAGUUUCUCAGACUUUGAUCCCAAUGCACCCACAGCAUCUUUGAUGGAGGAAACCAAGUCCACUCCGUUGUAUCCGGGUUCCAAAAGUCUCCAAGUGCAUGAUCUGGUGGGAAGUGCUAAGCCCCAGAAAUCUAGUUCGGACACAGGCACUAUCCACAAAAAUAGCCUCUAUGCCGUUGGUCGCAAGGCCAAUGGUAUCUUUAACCUUGGUUCGAGCCACCUAGGUAGUGGCGCCAAAGGUGGCAGUGGAACAACCAUCAAAUCCGCCACCAUUGAAGAUCCCAACUCCAGUCUUCCCAACAAUACACGCUUAGUCAAGGGAAAGUCCAUGCCCAGUCUAAGCAAUUUGAUUGAUGAGCUGAAGGAGAGCGGCAAGCCAGUCUUGGUAACCCUUUGUACAUAUGUAAAUAAAAAGGAAACAAGACAAGAAAAUGGAAACAUUGCAUCCUAUAAUGUAAAUGCAUUUGUAACUAGAAACCCGAUGCUAUCAUUGCGUACUUUGUUUACUUCGACUGACUUUCUUUCCUACGCUUUAGAACCUGUUGGUGGGAAACCAGUUGAUAAUCCAGAUGAUAUUUUUCACAGAUACUAUGGUCUUCGCAAGAUCAGCACACCUAAUGUCACCCGAAUCGCCAAAGGGAUCAAGAAAUCCAUGGUCGCCCAACCUAUCAUCAUGGUGACUGAAUUCACGCCCAAAACAUCACCUGAUAAGCUGAGCUCGUACCACAGUUCUGAGAACCCAGAUGAUGAUGUGGUGGAACAUCCGGCCAUAACCAUUGGGGUUCCCACCUCAAGCGGAGGUGAUCCUCCAGUGGCCACAAUGGUGGUUCCCAAAUAUCGCUCCCGAACAGACUCCAUGGUGUCCUACCAAACCAGCAAUCAAAACGAGGCCCCUGGCUCGACCUUCUACAUCAACCGCCAUGGUGGUAUUGAUUUCGUAGUGCUAUUAAAGGCUCUUCACAAGAUCUCAAUCCGGGAGCACGUUUGCACCCAGCGAGUGUGUGAUGCCUUGCUCUCAAUCCUGUCCUCAUUGAUUGACUUUGGAAUUCUUGCAAAUAGAAAGCCCGAAAAAAGCAAAGAAGAGGCACAACCAGAGAAGAACCCCAAGGACACCAAAGAGAGCAUGAAGCGAAGGAAGAGAAGCACCAAGAAACGAUCCAAGACCACGAAGAAUAAGGAUUCCUUCAAGGGCUCGUCGGUCUUGGGGGAUGACAAAGAGCGAUCGGGUGGCAAAUCUGACAAGACAGAUACCGAGACUGAGGAUCCCAACGACUCCGAGGGCAUUUUGUCCUUGCACAACACCUUCAUGGAUGUGGUGGUUCGGUUGCUCAAAAUAUUUGGCUGUCCUCACGGGUGCGUAAUGCAACAGCCUUCCCUGCUUCAACAACAACAGCAACAACAACAUCAACAGUCAACAUUUGAAGGCAACCAGGCUGGAAGUGGAGUCAAAUCAUGUCCCAACCUUGAGGCCCAACGCAUAAAAGCCAUCUCUCUGCUGUCUCGUCUCCUUUGGUACGACAAAGCUCAAUUCAAACGCUUCAUUUGCAUUCUCGUCAACACGAGGGAUAUUGCCUUCCUCUUGAGCUUCUUUCAUGCUUAUCUGGGAUUCUGUGUGGAUCCCUCGUCAACUGUUAUGGGGGGACCUCUAGGUUCUGGAGGGGCAGCCUUGGGUCUCAGUGGAAUGGCUCCAAACCAUCACAGUAACUCGCCCACUGGUUCUUCUGCUAAUCCAGAAUUUCCUGGGCUCAAAAAGCGCAUUGCCAAAACUACCCAAGAAUUGAGUGUGUCGUAUCAAAGCAAUUUCGGACGCGAUUCCACCGAGGGAAUGGGAACGAAUAGGCUGGUUGAGAAUACCAUUAUCAGUGUGAUAUAUAAGAAACUGGUCACCAACAUCAUUGAAAAGUUCAUCUGGCUCAAAUCCCAAGAGAAUGUCCUCUUGUACAGUGAUACGAGAGCCUUCAUGAAUUACGUCAAUGUAGCUCAUGGCGGCGUCUUUCGGAGAGUGGUUCUUAGUGCCAUGAUCGAGUCCACUCAAAACAUCAUCAAAACUCAAUGUCGAGUCGAGCACGGCAACCAAAGAUAUCCAGUGGGUUCUUCCUAUCCAAACAUUGACUCUCGCGAUUCGCCGGGAGGUUCAUGCAGUAUCGUUGACGAGACCGAAAGGCUAAUCUACAAAAAGUCUGUUUUCAAGAAAAAGAGUAACUCGACGGCCAAUAUGAAUGUAGUCGGCGAUGACCACGAGAGCCCUCUCACACGGGGGAGCCCGGCAGGGUCCCUCACCAAAAAACACAGUGUCUUCCAUCGUGCUUUAGGCGGAGGAGGCGGGAACAGCGCCCCAGGAGGCGGAGGCGCCAGUGGAGCAGGAGGCGGAGGCGGAGGUGGAGGCGGAGGAACUGGGUCCAAUGGAGCCUCUUCAGGCCUGGUUGGCCUAGGGGGUGGUAGCGACUCUAAUCCCGAGAGGAAGGUCUCUAGAAUACAAAUGGCCUUCAAUUGGGUGUCAGGAAAGGGCCUGGAGGAUAUCAAUGAUGGCUUCUCCACGAUCGGAGGUCAUUCUCUGGCCGGCUCCACAGCAGGGGGACUUCCGGAUAGCGGGGAGUUUGUGACGUCCAAUAGCGAACCAACUCGCAAGCAUUCAUUGUAUGUGAAGAACAUGCACAAAACAGCCAAUAGUGGUUCAGGCGGAAAACAAAUGCUCAAAAAAGCCAAGAAGACUAUUUCCGAUCGGAUCGGGAUGAACCGUGGGCGUAAAAAGGACACCGACCCGGAUGACCACUACUUGGAGUUGAGUCGGUGCAAUUCCUACGAGUUCGAGACGGGCACUGGGAGAGACUCCGACACGCUCUAUUUCCGUGAACGCCAUUUAGUCCCUAUUGGCGCCAUUCAAACGGGAAUGGGUCAAUUCUCAUUUCUUCUCGAUACUUGUAUCCCUGGCACUGUUCCUGAUCCCCUUCUCAUUGCUGGACUCCUGGACUUGCCUAAAGCACCCGUAAUUACUCGCGUGUGCUACCUAUUGGAAUGUGCCCACUUUGUUCAUCAAUGCAACAGAGGUCAGUGGCCCACGUGGCUCAAAAUGAACACGCCCACGGGAUAUCGGUCUAGCAAAGGCGCCUCCGGUCCGAUUGGGCAUCAUCAAAGUGGAUCCAUUGGACCAGGACACUUCAUACACCAACAGACCAUCCAACAGAGGAAAACACAGGCCUUACAAUUACAGGCCAGCAAGUUGUUCCAUCAAUGGGCAGAGAUGUUGGGAAGUCGUAUUGAGGAGAUGCUGGAUGCGGAGAGCCAUAAUAACGUCGUUUCCAUGGCCACUGAUGAGGCUAAACAACGGCAAUUGCUCUUGGAAGAUGAAGAUGAGGAUUUCUUGGACGAAGCCACUGUUAAUCCCCAUGGCACAGGGUGUCCUAUGCCUCUAAGAUUAGUGGCGUGUGUUCUCCUGUUGGAGAUAACUACUUUCCUCCGAGAGUCGUACCGAGCUCUACCCAAGCCUCAUCAGCAAGCCAAAACUCGAGACUAUCGCUUUGGUGGAGGUCUGGCCUCUGCAGCUGCUAUGGUCAGUGGAGCUCAACAAUGGUCCGAUUCGAGGUCACAGAGCCGGGAUCAGGCACCUAUUCCACUAAGUUUAAGUGGCCGUCGAUGGUCCAUGGCCGCCCAGUCACUGGCCGGAGGCCAGUCAAUCAUAUCGCAACACGGGAAUCUGGCCCUGGCAGGCAGUGCACCUCAUGGGGGAGGGGUCAUAGGGGGUGGGGGUGGAGGCGGCGGCGGAGGAGGUGGUGUCCCUUCCUGCAAUUCAUCGGAAAUUGCCGUUACCCCCACGGGUAACCCUAGCACGGACCAACCGUUUGCCAGUCAAAGAAGGAUCAGCUUUGUGCUCCAAGAGGAUAUUAACCUGGUAGCCAAUGGACACUCUACACUGACAGUCCAAGGCGAUGAGGAAAAACGCGGAGCACGGAUCACUCAAGGCAAAACUUUCUUAAAAAGAGGCCCUAGUGGACACGGACAAGGGUCAUUCCGACGGCGAAGCAUUCGUUUGGCAAAGAAACCAGAUGAUGGAGGGACAGGGGUUGGCGGGAGCCAGUUGAAGCGAGACAGGAGCCGGCGGGACCCUGAUUCAGAAUCAGCCAUGAUUGCCCAAACAGCGGCAGCCACGGCCACCUCACCCCCUCACACUAGUGUGAAUGCGGGGAAUUUUCCUUCUACUAACCCGGAAAAUGCCGGAGGAGGCGCUGGCAGCAGUCAUGCCCCUUCUUCCGCGACCAAUAACCCCGCGUCGGAAGUUAAAGUUGCCUUUAAAAAGCCAACUGCACUCUCAAGGUGGAAAAAGCUGACCGGGACGGCUAUGUUUAUCAAUCGCCUGGCCCUAAAACGUACCGACUCUUCAGCUUCCAAGAGGAAAGUGUCCUCAAUCUCGGCCUCGGACGGCUCUGACCACGAGAACGCUGACUCAACUCCCCUGAAUACCUCCCAAGGGGAUCUUAACGAGGACAAGGAACCCGAGAGCCCCCUCUUUGAUAUACCUGAUGAAUUGGAUCGACUGGAAGAGAACAUGCCUUGGUUGAGGGCCGUGACCAAACUCGUCAACAGCUUCAACUUUUACUGCACCCACCAGGGCUUCUGUCAUCCUAAUUGUUUUAAAAGGCAAAUGAGAGCCACAAAAAGAAUCAUGGAAGCCACGCGGAAGAUUUAUGGCGAUGAGGUCGAGUACUCGGAGGAACUCUUAUCGUCCAUGAGCACUGCCCCCAGGAGGCCGAGUAAGAAAACCAAAUCUUCUAAAAAUCUAAGUGGAGACAGCAACAGCACUUCGCCUGAUCAUAAACGGGAAUGUUCGGUCAGUCGCCAACAACAAACAUUUGGCGAAAAUAGAACCGAAGAGCAUCGCAAUCUCGGCGAGAACGCUAAUGCUCAGACCAAAACGGGAGCUCAAACCGAGGAUAAAAAUGGAUCGGCAAAGCCUCAAGACAAGAAAUCAUUGUAUCAGACGAAUUGUGCCAGUAAUGUACUCAAGUACCUGAGGAUCCGGGUUCGGAGUUUGUUCCAUGUUCCAAUGGCAAUUUUGAACAAGAGUGCAUGUAUCUUACCCGAUGAUACGCUCAUUGAUGUCUUGCCUGUUGCUUGGGAGCUUUUACGAGAGUCGGAUCGUGAUGUAGUUGGAAGUGCAGCGUCUAUUUUCAUCGUGUCCUCAGUAAAGGUCCCGACUCAUACAACAGCAUUGAUCAGCUCAGAACUGAACCACCAAUUGCCAGAUCAAAGGAUCAAUGCGAUCUACAGGUUCCAGACUCUUUGGCGGAAUCGACAUCAAGUUUGGCAACGAUUGGAGGAAAACGGACAAAUUUCGAUGAAAGUUGUUCCCUCUCAGAUUGAGUUCACUCUGCCAAGUCCCAAACUGGGAAUUGAGAACACUCUAGUCAUUGAUCCACCUUGGGAGACGAAGAUCAAAACAAAAAUCAACAAUACCAUUCACGAGCGGAACCAGAUGCUGCUCGCCACGACCACCAGUCGAAAGAAGCAAAAAAGCGAUUUGGUUCAAAGCGCUCUUCAAAGUGAAGAGGCUAAGAGGAAGAGGGAACGCCAAAACUUUCACAUCACUUCCGUGCCCAUUCUCACUCGGGCUGCUCAUGAGCCUAGUUUAUAUCAUGGAAGUCCCGAAGAACCUGAAGAGACUGCAGCCGACGAGGAGAUUUCCGGCAACGAGGACAAACCAGUGGUGAGCAAGAGCAGUUACCACAUUGCUCAAGGACUCUUCCCGUCUACUCUGUGUUCCGCGUUUGUGGAAGUGAUCGCUCUUCUAGACGAUCAGGCAGUGUCCUUGGAUGGAACUGCUGUCUACGAAGUCGCAUUCCAGGUGAUCUGGUCAUGCUUGGUGGAGGACUCCAACUUGUUUCUCAAGUAUUUCAUGGAAAAGCUAACACGUGAUUGCCCUGGAGAAAUGUUCCAAAUAUUGCGUGCUCUGAUUCGAUUCAUCCCCAAACUUCCACCUCAAGCAGCAUUCGCUCUCUAUAAUUACAUCAUCGGCUACAUCAUGUUCUACGUACGUCAUCCCAAGGACCGAUGACAAGAAUUAAUUGGACAAGCAUUGGCCACCUUGUGGAUGGUGGUGCAUUCCGUUCAAGGGAUCAUGUUCAAGGACUUGAAGCAAAUUCUACGGAAAGAACAGGUUGAUGCGGCUAUACUACUCACAGCGAAUGUUCCGGCUGCCAAAAAGAUUAUUGUCCAUGGUCCUCAAGGACCUGACGAGGGUGGAAUCCCUAGUCAAUUCCCACUUAGUGAAGAAGUGCAGUUCUGUCAAAUCCUCCAAGAGGCAUUGGAUUUCUUUGGCAUCGAAGAAGAAGACGAGAAAGAGUACUUUCUCGUCGACCAACGAACACGAGUCAUUCACAAUCCUCAACACUUUGCCCGGGACUUUUACUUCUUCAAACGAUCGCAAUACCCUCAAUUGGCAUUGGUCCACAAGAAACCCGCUCAGGCGUAUGUAGAGCUCCAGAAGCAAUGCUUCGGACUCAAGUUUGUCGAGAUGGGUAAAGUCAUGCUCACGUGGGGCGUGUUGAAGAACGUCAAUCAAGUGGUACAAAGAGUGGUGUUCCUUCACGAGGAUCUCAUGAAGUUGCCCUCUUUCCCUCGAAAAGCGUUGGAAGCCGAAUUGGACCUGUACUCAAACGGGGAGAUGGGCAAGGAACUCUACGGUUUGGAUGUGCUUCACAAGUUCAAUUGGAUUCGACUCAUUGCCCGAAUGUUCGAAGCCAUGGCGGGGAACUUUGCCUACGCUUCCGAUAUCCAACUCUUUGUCAAUGUGAUCAACGGAGCGCUUUCACUUCAUGCGGAAGAUGCCUGCAUUCUCCGAUACUGCACCUCAACUAUCAUCAAUGCGGCUCAUCAAUUCAAGAAUAUUUUCGCCCAUAAUGGGUACUUCUUGGUGAUGCCCAGCCUCCUCAGGAUCUAUUCAAACAGCCAAACGAAUGAGCUCGUAACCAAAAGUAUCGAAUUCACUUGCAAGCAACUCUACAUUCUCCAUCGCAAGCCGUUCUUGCUCCAAAUGUUUGGUAGCAUUGCUCCCAUUCUAGAUACGGACAGUGGUAUCUAUUUGGACGCUUUCAAGAUUCAACCGAGAUUCUUGUACAAGCUCCUCUGCAGUUUGGGACAGAACACGCAUGACUUGCUCCAUGUAAUGGAACUCGUGAAGAUGAAAAAGCCGUUGACGGCCUUGGACUUUUGUUAUCAAGGUGAUCCUGAGCACAUCUCUGUUCUGGAAUGUAUCUCUCUAUGUGUUCUUGUGGUGGCCUACGACUCUGGCACAUUGCGAGCUCAGCAAAUGUUGGCCAUUCUCGAGGCCAUCUUUCCGUACUUUCUGAAUGACCUCGUCCGGGAUAAACGACAAGAUGCGAAAACCCACAGAGAAACCAUCUACCAGCUUACUCUUACGAUGAAGGCCUUACUCAACAACUGCGAUGAGCUCACGAAGCACUUUAGCGGCCCCACAUCCCAAAUGGGCAAAGAGAACUCUCGACUUCACAGUGGUGGGCGUGGCCCGUAUUCUCCAGUGAUAGAAAUAGAUGACGACUCUCACUCACGAUUCAUUGGGGCCUCAGAAGCUGGUCGAGUUGGUAGCCGCGGGUAUCACUUUGGCGAGGACGGUGAGGACUCCGAGUGGAAAAGGGAAAUAUAUUACCAACCGCGCAACAGCCUUCUGUCCUUGACUGCGGACUUUGUCUCUAAAUGCUCGGCCAAAUUGCAAGAGGUCAAUAAAAAGACCAGUCAGGAGAAGAACUUGGAGCUUUUAGACAACAAAUGUUUCAUGCGUCUCGUGGACGUUGCUCACAAUCUGUUGAAAAUGGCCCCUUACGAUAUUGAGGUCAUCAAGCUCGGGGGGCUUCAAAAGUACAUGCACCAAGUAUUCCCACUCACGGAUUGGUCACUCGAAUCCAUGCGGCCUUCUUUGAUGACGAUUAUCAGGAGAUUGGAUAAACUCUUUGCCAAGAUCCAAAAGAGCUUGAAGGUUUACAACACCGUCGAUUGGAGUGCAGCUGCCAGCCUCUUGAAAGGGGUAUAUCUCACUCUGUGGCGCCAUCCCUACAUAGUGAAUGUGCCAAAUCUAAAAACCCUGAUUGGAGCCUGCCAAUGCCUCGUGGUGGGAGAGGAGUCUCUAACGACAAUGACAGAUCCUCACUCGGUGGGAGUCAGUUCAAAUAAGCGACCCAACCUCCCACCAGAGAGCUUCUGCUCCAUCGUGUUCCAGUUGGUGGCUUUGCAAGUCCUCGUUCUUGGUAACACCUUUACCCUGGAACAGCGUCUUCAACUAGCGGAGCACCCAGCUGGAGGAGCCAGUCGGCACAAUUUAUUGACGCAUGAAAAAGGGGAACUCCUGUUGCUGAAUCUUCUACUUCCUUUGUGCCUCAAGGUCGGAUCGGGAAAGAAGGAUGCACCCAAAAUGAGAAAAGUGGACGUCCAAUUCUCCCUAAACUUGCUUUUGAAUCUCAUCAAUCCUGGCUCGCAUGCCAAGGGAGGCGUGACUUCCAAGGACAUUCGAGCGCCAACCCAAGCUUCAGCCCCCGCAGUUAACUACAAUCCCGUUGGGGACGCCCGGUCUAAAGUCAAAUCAUCGUCUUUGGAUAUUGCUUUCCUGGGUUUGAAGAUCCUCAUCAUCUGUUUCGAGUCUCAAUUAAACUCGGAAUGGUUUCGAAUCGCCCGGGCCAUUCGAGACAUGGGCAAUCGGCAGGAGGGAAAUGGGCCAUUAUGGCGAUUCCUAGAGUUUAUUCCCAUGUAUCGAUCGUCUCUCUUUACGUUCCUGCUUCCAUUUGUGCACACUCGUUUGCAAAUUUCCUCGGACGACUCGGAUAUUGAACGCCACUACCAACAAUCGACCAAGGAGAAACUAGCUGCCAACGUGCUUCAAAGUGGCCGCAGCCGAACGGUGCUUCUCAAGGAUCUUGGCAAGGAGAUGGGCGAUUUGCGAGAGGGCCUCAAUAAAAGGCUUCAAGAAACGUUUCUGGAUGUUUCGAAUGGUCACCGGCGUAACACUCACCGAGGGAGCAGUCACCGAACCUCCUUUAUCGAUUAUGUCUCGGAAGUUUACAACAGUCGGACAGGAGGAACCUCGGGUGGGAAUCUCAUGGAAGUUCUAAGUGUGCGUGGCCAAUCGUUCUCGAGUGGUUCCAUGGCUUCUGGAGCGUCUUCCGCAAACUUGGCACGCGAUCUCAGUGUUCGGAGCGAAAGUACUCAGUCCAAUCGCGUAUUGGGUGGCCGAAGGCACACGCACAAGGUCACUACCAAAAGCUCGCGGGUGAUUGACGAUGAGAACUCCGAUGAUUUGGACCGAACUCCGUCGGAAUAUGGCGGAGAUCACGACUUGCCGACCUUCGAAAUCACCAAAAUUUUGCUGUCUCCAUUUGGCUCGAGACCCUCUGUAACAGACAAGAUAAUGCGAAGGACUAGCUACGCUGGAGAGAGGAGCGACCUUCAAGUUCCAGCUUUGAGACAACAAUCUGCCACUUCUGAACCUCGUUUGUUCAGGAAAAACACAGUGUUCACUCGAAAUCGGAAUAAGCAAGCUUUGAGAGGACACACCAGUAAGCAAUCAGUUUUGAGCGAUCCAGGAUUGGCAGAACCCGCCACCAGUUCGGUGUCUAGUGGAACAACCACCACAGGGACGGUUGCCUCCACUGUCGGACUUCAAGAGAUUCCAGCAUUCCAGGAGAAGAGCUCGAAGCUUCAAAGGCAAAAGGCCCAAAGCCGAAAGACUUUCAAGUUCAGAAAGACCAGGAAAGAUGUCAAACGGUUGCCCAAUAUCGACACGGACGGAGCUUCCAACGAGGCACCUCAACUGGCCUCACCUGGGUUACCCCCGGAUAUUCAAGUAGCCACGGUUCCAAGUACUCCGAAAGAGAUUGCGAGCCAGCCUCCCUCCAGGAAGCAAUCGAUCUCGGGAACUCUUCAUGCUGUUGGAACAGUUAUCCGUCGAAUUUCUCCCUCACGUUCAAAAACCCACUCCUUGUCAAUGGAAGCUAGGUCCAAUAGUAAGGAAGUGACAUUUCCUGACUUAGAUGUACAUCCUGACGUGGUUGGGAUCCGGGAUAUCGACGAUGGGGUCAGCAUCUCCUCCACUGGCACAUCUAGCACAAUUGGAUAUCGGGAUAGCUUUGGUGAAAAUGAGGACAGCUGUCUGUUAGCUCACCUCCAAGAGCGCAUUCUCGAGGAGAAAAAAUAUGGUCACCUGAGCAAUUACAUGGCACAACGUUCCAGUUUGUACGGAACAGGCAGUGGACAUCUUCAAGGAGCUGGUCCCAGUGGAGCUCAACAACAAGCAAUCAAUUAUGGUGAUGAAUCUACCCAGAUCCCGCCGUCCAGGCGAAAGAACUACAUAAUUUUCGAGCAAAAUGACGAAGAUACGUUGAUCUAAAAUGGAUACAAAAAAAAAACAAAUCAGCCGCAUUUUCAUAGCAACAAAGCACAAAAGCAUUCUAGUAAUGUCUAGGAAGUAGUGAUACCCGAAAUUCAGUUCCCAUAGUCAAUGUUUAUAAGAUUGCAAACUGACUUGAUCGAUCGAAAAUGUAAUGCACAAAAGAAGUCUUUGUGUCUCCUGAAUGCCAUGUGAGACCACCAUUUCGACUAAUGUCACUUGGGAACAGACUUGUGACCUUUAAAAAGUCAAGGAGUCGUUUGAAAAUGGCUGUAUUUCUUUCUGGUAUCAUCCAUGUUUUAAACCAUUGGAGAAAAUAAGUUGUGAUAUCACGCUUUAAAGAUCGAAUUCAAUCUCGCUUCGGAAUCUUCCAUGCUUUAUCAAAAUAUCUUGUCAGUAUUAGAAGAAAAAAAAUAUUAUUAUAGAUUUGAUUCCAAAUGGAUUUACGGGUGGUUUCAGUCCAAAAAUAUCAUUAUUAUUAUAUUUUGUUUGCUUUCAUGGUGCGUGGUGUCUAAUACAUUGAGUGAAAAAGUGACAGAUUUUAUGGAACACGGAAAUAAACGUUUAUUUAUCAGCAAUCA